CUUUUCACUGGUAACUAGCUCCUCUUUCUCUUUUUAUCGAUAAUUCGAAAUCCAACGAUCUCACUGUUCUUUUUUUAUGGUAUAAAUGAAGUUGAAGAUCAACAAAGCUUGCGAUCUCGGCUCCAUCUCCGUUUUUCCUCCUCAUACAAGGAGAUCGAGCCUGCCACCGAGUGUGCCUCAAUCAUCACAGCUUAGAUCACAGCCAUCACAACAAUCAUUCUCACAGGGGAUUUCAUCUCAGCAUGCCUUAUUUUCUCAGAUCUCACAAAGCUCACUCGAUGAAAUCGUGACAACUGAUCAGAGAUUUGGUUCCCAAGAACGAGAGAAUACUGCCAGCAAGUUUUCUUGCUUGGCUCCAACCAACUUCACAAGAGAAGAUUGUCAAGUGCCGAUUUCUAGAUCUUCCACCAACUUAAUACGCAAAUGGAAUUCUGUUUCUGCUCCAGAGCAUAGAUGUCAAACUUCUGAAGAACUUGAACACCGGCUUUCAGUGAUUGAAACUUCAUUGAACAGAUUUGGGAUGAUCUUGGAUUCGGUUCAAAGUGAUGUAAUGCAGGUGAACAAAGGAACAAAAGAAGUCUUGCUGGAAAUGGAAGGGAUGCGGCAGAGGUCGAUAGCUGAAGAUACCUCUCUACAGCUAAUGAUCAAGGGACAAGAAGAUAUGAAAACCAGCCUUGAUGGCAGCAUGAAAGCGGUAUCGGAUCAACUAAACAAUGAUAAAUUUCGAGAUAAGUUACAACAGAUCUUCUUGGUGCUUUCUGCUUUACCAGAACAGAUCGAAGCUUCUUUAAUCAAAGUACGAAAUGAGCUUUGCAACACGUUCACCAACGAAAUAAAGGCAAUUGAUUGCAAGACUCUCAGCCAAAAAGCUCCAGUUGCUGCUGCCAUUCUACCUAAGUCUACCGGCUGUUCUGUAACUCCACGAACCAAACCAUUGGCAGUUAAGAAGCAAGCCGUGCCUUUAAAAAUUUAUGAGCAAAACACUGUAGCUCCAGAGGUAGAAAAAGAAGGUUGGAAAUCUGUGAAGAUGAAACAAUGUGCUACCAAUGAAAGGGCAUCCUGCAAAGAGAACGACAAGAGAAAAGGAGUUUCAUCUGUUGAACAGGAAACAUUCAGAAUCUUAAUUGAAUCAGAUGAAGAGAUUGAUGCAGGGUUUUCCUGCAUGCUUAAUGACAAGCAAACAGGGAACAUUUUGAUAGAGGAAGCAAAGGAAGAGACUGAACGAAUUUUGAGGAAAGCUAGGCGGCGAAAGAGAAAGCCCCUUAAUCCCAUAAUUAUUAACUGAAGGUACUAAGGCAUAUAAUAAUAAGCAUAAAAAGUAGGGUCGAAAACUCUUUACUUUUUGUAAGAUGAAAAAAAUGUGUUCAUAUCGAUUGUACUCAACAGUAGAUUCUGAUUGAUGCUUCAGCUAAAUCAUGUUCCAAUAAGGAUUGGAAUG